UUGAUUAUGUACAGUAAAUUAUACAGAGAAAAUUAGAUAGAGAUUAGGAGCAAUCACAGAAUAUCUGGCCAGUCCAACUUCAGCAGUGCUGCACUCACUGAUCAACACACAACAUAAGCCUAAAACCUGGUAUUCUAUGGUUGAACUCUAGACUCUUUAUAAUAGAGAUACAUGUGUCAAAAUUUAAAAUUCCUAUACAAUAGAUUAUCCACGCAAUUAUCUGUGUGGCGCACGCGAGGUGGCGUCAGAAUGGUUGUCAUAGUAACGCAAUUAGGUGCGCAAUAAAAUGAAAAAAUGAUGGAAGUGAUCUUGGAAAUCCUGCCAAAGCGCGUCUUCUUUCAAAUCCGUUCUGACAAUCCAACCAAUGGAAUUCAUAUGAACGAGAGAGAUGGUUUUAUUUAUCAUUUUCACAGCAUGGAUAACUUGUAUAAGUCAUUAAAAAUACGGAAAUACUUUGGACCAGUGUCUUUAUCCAUCAUCCACCGACAUUGCGCGUUGAUAGACGCCAGUCUUAGACACACUCCUGGAAGACAUUUGUUUUAUAGCAACAAUCUUGAGUCUCUUGGUUACCAGCAAAAACGAACGAACGCGAUUUUCUUGAUGGGAUGUUACCUUGUACUGAAGCAAAAUUUCACUCCGGAACAAACGAAGGACGCGUUACAUGAAGUAACAAGCAGCGUGGCGCCUUUUACAGAUAUGGAGGGAUCAACUGCACAUGCGCUAACCCUCCUGGAUUGUUGGCAAGCUCUGUAUCAUGGUAUGAUUGUUAAUCAGUGGUUUCAAAAACAAGACUCCAUCGACGUCUAUCAGGAAAUGUGUAAUGAUAUCGAUGACGUCAUGAACUGGGUCGUACCUGGAAAGUUACUGGCUCUUGAAGAUCCCAAGGAACCACGGUAUAUGGGACGGGGUCCAAGGGUCAGGUACUCCAUUGUCGAGGUGUUUAAACGACAUAAAGUUGGGACAGUCGUUCGUUUGAACGGAAGAGACUACGAAUAUCGCACAAGUUAUGGACAACCUUACGAUUCUGAAGAGUUUGUUUGUCGCGCCAUUAAACAUUACGAUAUCUUCUUCAAAGAUGGGGGAAUACCAACAGAAUCACAGCUCAACACCUUCCUUAAGAUUGUGAAGAAAGCCCAGAAUCCUGUGGCAGUUCAUUGUCAUGCCGGCCGAGGAAGGACUGGCACCAUGUUGGCGUGCUCGCUCGUCAGAUUCUGGGGAUUCGAAGCAGUUCAUGCGAUUGCCUGGGUGCGAAUGUGUCGUGCAGCUUGCAUCGUUGGCAUACAGCAAGGCUUUGUUAAAAUGGUCGAAAACAGCUUGCGUGAAAAAGCGUGUAUUUCCACCCCGGGACAUAGUGGAAACCCAAUCCUUGGCGGGCAUUUCCCCACCAAAAGUAUACGCCAGAUUCACCUCGUUCCUCCAGCGUGCGCGCGAAAACGGCCCCCGAGACCAAACCCCACCCCAGCUAAGAUCCCUCACGGAAACCAAGGCAAAAUUGAAGUGCCUGAAGACUCCGGCGAGAGCAGCAAAGUUGAGAAGAUUACAUUUCUACCCGUGAGUGGGACCUGGGACGGACAUCAGCGCAGGAAACUGAGAACAAGUGUUCAUCCGGUAAAGACGAAGACGACGAGAGUUUUCCGCGAGGCAACGUUGAGAAACAACUCACGUAAAUCGGAGCAGAAACCGGACGGGAUUCGGGCAAGGAAACAAUCAAAGACCUCCGGCGCCGAUCAGGAGAGCGUGAAAUCAAGCAAACUGAGCAAAGUCUCGUUGAAUACGAACACGCAGUUGAGGCUGAGCGGCGUUUUCGAUUUGAACCUCCUCAGAAAUAUGCGCGUAUUUCAAGAGCAUGAGCCGAGAAACAAGUACCUGCGCGCAAAUAUCUCCGAUAAGAUUUCCUGCUACAUCGCAAAGCCUGGGGACGGUUUUCUACACAGGAAAAGAUACACCGUGGACGCCGCUAAGGUCGCUAGGCUCAAAGCAAUGCUUCAGUUUCAGGGUAAGACGACGAAAAGCGAAAAAUACGAGCUGAAGAAAAAUAUUUCCAAAGCGCAAGACGACCUCGCGAAAGUUCAUUCGUCCAGAUCGCAGGUGCAAGGAAGCAAAUCCACUCCUUUUGUUAAAGCACCAAUUAAAUAUUCUGGAUAUCAACCGACUUUUGAACACCUUACCAAGUUGCUUACCUUUGAUAAAGACAGUAAAUCCCCCGUUUCAAGUUGCGGAAAAGAGUACAAGAUACCUCUUGUUUCUACCGAGGGUAGCAAGAAAAGUCAACACCCCCAAAUUGAUAAAAAUCUUUCGCGCAAUAAGGUCGAGCGUCGUCUCGCCUGGGACGAGCCGGAGAAGAGCCAGCAGUGUAUAAAGGCAAGUGGUAGUAAAGUGCUUGGUGUUAAUCGUAAUGAUGGUCCCCUUCUAAACGACUUUCUCGAGAAGCAUCGACAGACAUUGCUGGCAUCAAAGACGGCAAAUUGCGCCGGGGGAAAUAGAGACAAUGUGAAAAUAAGAAAUCUUCAUAAAUAAUCACACAAUAUGUAUA